AUUAUUAUUAUUAUUAUUAUUAUUAUUAUUAUUAUUUUAUCUGAUUUUGUUUAAUGCCUCGCCAUCAUCUGCCAGAGCUCGUUUCAAUCUUUUAACUGCCAAUAGGACUUUGUGCACAAAAUCCAAGAAAAAAAUGGUAUCAAAGAUGGUGCCUUUUUUAUGAAUUUGUGCUCAAGAUUGAAAGGGCGGCAGAAUUGGUUGUUGAUUUGCUGCGGUGGAUCUGUUUUCUCCUCCGGAUGGCUUCUUUGGCAACCGCCGAACUUUGUGAUUCAAAUGCAUCUCUUGUAAUAAAAGGAGAUAUUCGUGUUCUGCCACCAAUCUUCAACAUGUAUGGACACUGCCGAGCAUUCUCCGGGCCCAUUGUGACACUGAAGGUGUUUGAAGACAAUGUGCUUGUUAGAGAGCUUCUUGAAACCCCGGGAGAUGGAAGAGUCCUGAUCAUCGACGGAGGAGGGAGCAUGAGAUGUGCCUUGGUUGGCGGCAAUCUAGCACAGCUAGCACAGAACAUGGGCUGGGCGGGCAUUCUAGUCAAUGGCUGCAUCAGAGAUGUCGACGAGAUCAAUGCUUGUGAUGUCGGCGUCCGAGCAUUGGCUUCUCAUCCACAGAAAUCAUACAAGAAAGGCAAUGGUGAAAAGCACAUUCCAGUAAACAUUGGUGGCAUUUUAAUUUACGACAGAGAAUGGUUAUAUGCCGAUAGUGAUGGCAUCCUCAUUUCUAAGACAGAGUUAUCUAUCUAACAAACGCCGAAGAUACCUUUCUUGAAUAAAAAUCAUUACCACAAAGGUGGUAAUCGGUAAGUAAUCCUUUCCGAUAUUCGGCUAUUUGAUUGCAGCCAAUUUGUAUGUCAUUGCUAAUUUUUGGACAUUGUAACCAUUUGUGUUUCUUCUCUGAACCAAAAUGUUGUGUAGAAAUAAUUGAUGUUGUUGCUCAGGUUUCAUGUUUCACAACCAAAGAACAUCUCAAGAAUCUCAAUAUAUUGCUCAUGACUCU